GCGAACAGCGUUAUCCAGUAUAUUGCGGCAGUCCUAACUCUGACUCUCGAGACUCCUUACAGCCUCGUCGUUUUCGCCUCCAUUUCUCCCAUUUUCAGAUGCGCCAUUCUUAUCCUUCUUCGCUCGUUCUCAUCUUCUGCGUAGCAGAGUUCCGUUUGCCGCAAAAAUAGCACGAAAGUGAGUUUAAGUGCGGUGCAGUUGUUUUCUGUAAACCCCGCCUAUCAGAAAACUGGCAUUCUAGAACUGAACAAUUUUACAAUUUUAAUCAUCAGACGCUCAUGCAGAUUCUUGGUCAUCUGUGUCUGCUACUCGCUAUAUGUGUUCUUGAAUUUUACAGGAGAUUCUUGGCGUGCUUUCUCGUGGUUAUGAUGAUGGAUUGUGUUGCUUGUUUGAAGCAUCUGGGUUUGAAUUUCGAUUUUGGAUGUGGGUUUUUGGUUUUUGGGUGUUUUGGGGACUUCUUCAAGCUGUUGGGUUUGUUAUUGCUUUUUGGAUUGGGGUUCAAGGCCUUGCAAUUCAGUUGGUUUUGCAAGGGGUUGAAUACGUCUCCGUGCCAUUUCAGGGGGAAAUCAAGUGAAUGCAGAUGUGGGUUUUGCUCAAGAGAUGAUUUCGAUCGGCGUCCUGGCUCAAAGGCUGGAGCUUGCAAAUGCGGGUUAUCUAGAUCGCUGAAGAAUUGGAAUUCACCAUCGAAGAUCGAUAUGUUGGAAGAAAAAACUAAAGGAAGCGGUUCAGAUGGUGAAUUUUGUGAUACCAAUGAUGCGGAAGAACAAGAAGGGUAUGAUGAAGAUAAUGUGUUUGACGUUAUGACGCUGAGAAAAAUGGUGAAGAUGGAAAGGAGAAAGGCGGAGUCUGUUCACUUGGAGCUCGAGAAGGAAAGAAUGGCCGCAGCUAGCGCGGCACAGGAAGCCAUGGCGAUGAUUCUGCGCCUUCAGAAUGAAAAGAGCAUGAUUGAAAUGGAGUCCAGGCAGUAUAAAAGCUUGGCUGAAGAGAAGCAACUCCAUGACCAAGAAGUGAUUCAAUCACUGCAAUGGCUUGUAUUGAAGCACGAGGCAGCAGAAAGUACAGUUUUGGGAGACCAACUGAGAUUGCGUAGGAAAAGAUCAAAGCUUUUUAUGAGGAACGAUGAAGGGGACCACUCUGAAGAUGAUGAAUUAUCUUGGAGUUCUCCUAAAGUCAACUCUGAAGAUGCGAUCCACCGCGAGCUCUUUAGCUCUCUUGAUCUGGAUCUCUCACCUGAGUAAGCCAUUAAGUAGAGAUAGAUCAAGUACACAAUUAACUGGUCUAUCUUCAUCACAGACCAGAAAAGUCAUUUGAUAUAACAAUCUGAAACUGUCACUGUUU